CUGGCGCAUGCGCAUAGUGAGAGGCUAAAGCGCUGGUCCUAGGAAUUGGCAGCUCCCGGGCAAGGUGUCUGGGUUAGCCGUGCUGCACGGGGAGUGUCCCGGGAUUGUCGCAAGGAUGCCGAUCAACAAAGCAGAUAAACCAGAGUCUAGCGACAACGUGAAGGUUGUGGUGCGAUGUCGCCCUCUAAACGAGCGAGAAAAGGUGAUGGGUAGCAAGAUGGCCGUCAGGGUGGAUGAAAUCCGAGGGACUAUUGCAGUCCACAAGGUGGACUCUAUGAACGAACCCCCAAAGACGUUCACGUUUGACACAGUGUUUGGGACGGACAGUAAUCAGCUGGAUGUCUACAAUCUCACGGCCCGGCCUAUAGUAGAUUCUGUGCUGGAGGGCUACAAUGGUACUAUAUUUGCCUAUGGGCAGACUGGUACAGGCAAAACCUUUACAAUGGAGGGUGUACGAGCUGUUCCCGAGCUCAGAGGGAUCAUUCCUAAUUCAUUUGCACACAUAUUUGGACAUAUUGCAAAAGCGGAAGGUGAUACACGGUUUCUCGUAAGAGUCUCUUACUUGGAAAUUUAUAAUGAGGAAGUACGUGAUUUACUCGGGAAGGACCAAACACAAAGGCUGGAGGUUAAAGAGCGACCCGAUGUUGGAGUUUACAUUAAGGACCUGUCGGGGUAUGUUGUGAACAAUGCUGAUGACAUGGAUCGGAUCAUGACUCUGGGACACAAAAAUCGUUCAGUGGGAGCCACAAACAUGAAUGAGCAUAGCUCCCGCUCACACGCCAUAUUCACCAUCACUAUAGAGUGCAGUGAGAAAGGUGCAGACGGCAAUAUCCAUGUGCGAAUGGGAAAGUUGCAUCUUGUAGACCUGGCGGGUUCAGAAAGGCAAGGGAAGACUGGAGCAACUGGGCAGAGACUGAAAGAAGCCACAAAAAUCAACCUGUCCCUUUCCACUCUGGGUAAUGUUAUCUCUGCCUUGGUUGAUGGGAAAAGCACUCACGUGCCAUACAGGAACUCCAAGCUGACCAGAUUGCUGCAGGAUUCCUUGGGUGGAAACUCCAAGACCAUGAUGUGUGCGAACAUCGGCCCUGCAGACUACAAUUAUGAUGAAACCAUAAGCACUCUCCGUUACGCAAAUAGAGCGAAAAAUAUCAAGAAUAAAGCCAGAAUUAACGAAGAUCCCAAAGAUGCACUUUUGCGUCAAUUUCAGAAAGAAAUUGAAGAACUUAAAAAGAAACUUGAAGAAGGAGAAGAAAUAUCCGGCUCUGAUGAAAGUGGGACAGAUGACGAUGACGAUGAGGAUGGGGAGAUUGGGGAAGAUGGGGAAAAGAAGAAAAGACGAAAAGGCAGUAGCAGCAGUAGCAGCUCAGACUCCACAGUGAUAGAGAGACCAGUGGAGAAGCUCCUACCUAAACAAGCAGUCUUAGAAGACCAUUACUGGUUUUGCUGUGAAUUCCAAGACGAGCUAAAUCUACGUUGUUUUCUUGAAGCAGGCAAGAAGAAGGUGUCUCCAGAUAAAAUGGCAGAGAUGCAAGCACGGAUUGAUGAAGAAAGGAAAGUACUUGAAGCAAAGCUUGACAUGGAGGAAGAGGAGCGGAAUAGAGCUAGGGCAGAGCUGGAGAAGAGGGAGAAAGAUCUGCUUAAGGCCCAACAGGAACACCAAUCACUUCUGGAAAAGCUAUCUUCUUUGGAAAAGAAGGUCAUUGUUGGAGGAGUAGAUUUGCUGGCCAAGGCAGAGGAACAGGAGAAACUUCUGGACGAAUCAAAUCAGGAGCUUGAAGAGCGUAGAAGACGAGCCGAGAAACUUCGGAAGGAGUUGGAAGAAAAGGAGCAAGAACGGCUGGAUAUUGAGGAGAAAUACACAAGUUUACAGGAGGAGGCACAGGGUAAAACUAAGAAACUGAAGAAAGUGUGGACCAUGCUUAUGGCGGCAAAGUCUGAGAUGGCCGAUCUGCAGCAAGAACACCAAAGAGAAAUAGAGGGGCUAUUAGAGAAUAUCCGACAGUUGAGUCGUGAACUUCGACUUCAGAUGAUCACCAUUGAUAAUUUUAUUCCACAGGAAUAUCAGGACAUGAUUGAGAACUAUGUCCACUGGAAUGAAGAUAUUGGAGAGUGGCAGCUGAAAUGCGUUGCAUACACUGGAAACAAUAUGAGAAAGCAGACUCCAGUGCCUGAAAAGAAAGAAAAGGACCCUUUUGAAGUGGAUUUGUCCCAUGUAUAUUUGGCUUACACUGAGGAGAGCCUCCGUCAGUCCUUAAUGAAGCUAGAAAGGCCUAGAACAUCAAAAGGAAAAACAAGACCCAAGACAGGUCGGAGGAAGCGUUCAGCAAAACCAGAAGCAGUGAUUGACUCAUUGCUACAGUAGCAGUUUCCUUUCCUGGAGUGUGAAGAACACGGUGUGCUGGCGGCACGGCGGCCUAAGAUGGAAUUGUAGACCUUUGUGCAAUGUAAACAGGGGACAGUAAUGGAUACCCUGUGUAGGCUUUGUAUAAUAAUACACGUGAAACCUGUGUCUCAUCAUAUUGUGCCAUGCCUCAUAAUCAUAGGAUCAUGGCAUUAUAGCUCACAUUUCAUUCUGGCUAAUGAAUACAAUGGAACAUGUCUCCAUUGUCCUAGCAGGACAUGUACCAUGCCAGAUCAUUUUAAGAAAGUUAUGCAGAAAUAUCCAAUAUUUGCCCUUGAGUUUUCUAGGAAUUAUCAGCUCCUAUUUAACAGAAGCUCUUCUGACAAAUAGGCUUAGACAUACCCACCCCUUUUAGUUAGCGCAGCAUGCAAACUAUAAGCCAUUCUGCCCAAUGAGAUGAAAGCAAGCAUAAGAAUAUCUUUUAUUAAUCUCUACCGCACCCCCUCUCUAGUUAUUGUGCCGCACCCCCUCUCUAGUUAUUGUGCAUGGUUAGUGCCCACAGCAGCACAGGAUAUUUUAUGCGUUAGAGUGUACUGAUCAGCAGAAGGGUAUUGAAAGAAGAAAAAAAACGGAGUUCCUCUCAGGUAGUAUGUUCAGAAAAAGAAAGGUGGAAAUAAGCUAACCUUACAUGGUUGUACUAGGAUAGGCACAAUGCAAUUGUAGGCCUUUAGUAUAGAAACCAAUGGCAGCCCCUCAUCUUCCUUAGGGCAGAUAGAAUUGCUAUGAUCUGAUUUGUGAAUGGAUUGUGCAAUAAGACCAAGGCUAGUUGCCCACUAGUGGAGGCGAUCGGGCAGGAAGAAGCCUACUGUGUCUCUGUGUACUCUGGCAUUGGUGGAGGUAUGCAAGGUUCCGUCCUGCCUUCAGUAUAAUGGGGAUUGGCAGAGAUCCAGACAUAUUCUGGCACACAUGGCUUUUCACAAUCCAUUGCUGUUUAAAUACAUCAGAUUCAUAAAAUAUCUACGUAUACAUCUUCUCAUCUAGUGUAAAGUAACUAAGCCUGUUAGCAGACAGCAUUAUGGUUGCUGGCUAUGUAAAAAAACAACAACAAAAACCACCAUAUUUACUGUGUUGGAGUCUCUGAUCUUGUAAAUGGUAAAAUUAAUGCUGGCAGCUCUGAGGAGCCUCACAGAAGCCCUGAACAGGUUUAUUUAAUGUAUAUUUGUGUGGAUUCUUUGUGCCCUAAUGUACAGUUUUUUGUUGUAUUUUAUUUUUGUGGAUAUAUUAAAGGAGCAGAUGUUCAUUUUAUACUUCACAUUUCACAAUGUUGUCAUUGCUUGCCAACAUGACAGUUUCUAUUGUGUAACAUAUUAUGAACCACAGGGUUGUAGGCGACUAACAAAUGUAUGAUGAUUUGUAUUGGAAAAAAAAAAGAAUAAGUGAAGGAAAGUGGUAUUGUAUAUGGGUCAUGUUUAAUAAUGAACUCCACUAACCUUUCACUUAUGAGAUAUAUUAUUGCUUGAUGUACUGUAACUCACACAGCCCAGUUGUGAUCAAUGGUUAGUCUUAACCUGUAACUGAACCACUUACUUUAAUUGGUUGGGGAAGGCCAUUAACGGGGUUGUGCUUUAGAUUAAUAAUUUAUCCUCAAGAUAGGUGAUCUAUAUUAUUGGCAGGGGUUCGACAACCGGCACCAUAGUCGAUCAGCUGUUUGGAGAGGAGGCAGUGCUCCAUACAAGCACCACUUCCUCUUCAUUAAACUGCCCGUCGUCUCGCAAAUGCAUUGUAACUACAAGUACUCGCACAGUGUAAUGAAGAGGAAGGAGUGCUCUCAUAGAGCGCUGCCUCCUCUUCAAACACCAGAUUGGUGGGGGUGCCAGGAGUCGAACCCCUGCCAAUCAGAUAUAGAUCACCUAU